CAAAGUCUUGCUUUCUCUCAUUCAGACUCUAUUAAACUAGCUGUAGUGUACAUUCUUGCCCCUCACCAUCUCAAUUUUGCCUGCAAAAUUCUUUAGCAGCAGCCAUGGAUGUCCGAAACAAUCCAUGGAUCAUGUUUUUUGUUAUCUUUUUUUGUUUUCCUCUCAACUCCCAUGUCUCCCUUGGAGCUGAUACAAUCUCUGCAAACACUUCUCUCUCUGGAGACCAAACUAUUGUCUCAGCACGCAAAGCCUUUGAACUUGGUUUCUUCCAUCCAGGAAACUCCUCAAAUUACUAUAUAGGCAUGUGGUACUAUAGAGAUAAAGUGUCUGAACAGACCAUAGUUUGGGUAGCAAACAGAGAGACACCCGUUUCUGAUAGAUUUUCUUCAGAGUUAAGGAUUUCUGGUGGUAAUUUAGUGCUCUUUAAUGAGUCCAAUAUCCCAAUUUGGUCCACAAAUUUGAGCUCUAGUAGGUCAAGUUCUGUGGAAGCAGUUCUUGGUGAUGAUGGAAAUCUUGUUUUGAGAGAUGGGUCUAAUUCAUCAGUGUCACCGCUAUGGCAGUCUUUUGAUUUUCCAGCGGAUACAUGGCUGCCUGGUGCCAAGGUUGGAUUGAACAAAAUCACCAAAAGGAACACACUUCUCAUUUCAUGGAAAAGCAAAGAUAAUCCUUCACCGGGUCUUUUCUCUCUUGAGCUAGACCCAGAUCAGAGUCGAUAUUUGAUCUUUUGGAAUAGGUCUAAAGACUAUUGGAGUAGUGGAUCAUGGAAUGGACUGAUUUUCAGCUUAGUUCCUGAAAUGAGAUCCAACUAUAUUUACAACUUUAGUUAUGUUAACGAUACUAAGGAGAGCUAUUUCACCUAUUCAUUGUACAAUAAAACACUCAUAUCUCGGUUUGUGAUGGCGGCUGGAGGACAGAUUCAGCAACAAUCAUGGUUGGAGAGUACCCAGCAAUGGUUUUUGUUCUGGUCUCAACCAAAGACGCAAUGUGAGGUUUAUGCUUACUGCGGGGCUUUCGGAAGCUGUAAUGGGAAUUCACAGCCUUUCUGCAACUGCUUGAGAGGUUUCAACCCGAAAAAAGGGGAUGACUGGAAGUCGGAGGUUUUUUCUGGUGGAUGUAAGAGGGUAUCAACUCUGCAAUGUGGGAAUUCUAGUAUUGUUAAUGGGAAGAGAGACAGAUUUUUCUCAAGUAACAAUAUCAAGUUGCCUGCAAAUCCACAGACAGUACUGGCAGCCAGGAGUGCACAAGAAUGCGAAUCAACUUGCUUGAGCAACUGCACUUGUACUGCCUAUGCUUAUGAUGACAGUCUGUGCUCAGUUUGGUUCGGCGAUCUUUUGGAUAUGAAACAACGUGCAGAUGAAUCAAAUGGAAGCACCAUCUAUAUCAGGCUUGCAGCAUCUGAGUUUUCAAGUUCGAAGAAUGAUAAGGGGAUAGUUAUUGGUGGUGUUGUGGGCUCAGUGGUGAUAGCGUCUCUCUUUGGCCUUGUUCUGUUUGUAUUUUUGAGGAGGAGGAAACCAGUCAACACGGGGAAAGCGGUAGAAGGUUCACUGAUAGCUUUUGGGUACAGAGAUCUACAGAAUGCGACAAAGAAUUUCUCAGAGAAAUUGGGAGGAGGAGGUUUUGGUUCUGUUUUCAAAGGGGUGUUGCCUGAUACGAGUGUCAUAGCUGUGAAGAAGCUCGAAAGCAUCAUCCAAGGGGAGAAGCAAUUCCGCUCAGAAGUAAGCACAAUCGGGACAAUCCAGCACGUCACUCUUGUUCGCCUUCGUGGGUUCUGCUCGGAGGGUAAUAAGAAGCUGUUGGUCUAUGACUACAUGCCGAAUGGUUCUCUUGAUUCCCAUCUUUUCUCUGAGGACUCAAAAAAGGUCUUAGACUGGAAAACUCGGUACGGUAUUGCUUUGGGGACAGCUAGAGGAUUAUAUUAUCUCCAUGAGAAAUGCAGGGAUUGUAUCAUACACUGCGAUAUAAAGCCUGAGAACAUCCUUUUAGAUGCUCAGUUUUUCCCUAAAGUGGCAGAUUUUGGCCUGGCGAAGCUUGUCGGCCGGGAUUUUAGCAGGGUGCUAACAACCAUGAGAGGUACAAGAGGUUAUCUUGCACCAGAGUGGAUUUCUGGUGUGCCUAUAACUGCCAAAGCAGACGUUUACAGUUAUGGAAUGAUGCUUUUUGAAGUUGUAUCAGGAAGGAGAAACUCUGAGCAAUCUGAAGAUGGAAAAGUGAAGUUCUUCCCAAGUUAUGCUGCAAGCCAAAUCAAUCAAGAGCAUGGUGAAAUCCUUAGCCUAUUGGACCACAGGUUGGAGGGGAAUGCUGAUCUUGAAGAGCUAACAAGAAUCUGUAAAGUUGCUUGUUGGUGCAUCCAAGAUGAUGAAGUCCACAGGCCAUCAAUGGGUCAGGUAGUUCAGAUCCUCGAAGGGCUUGUGAACGUGAACCCACCUCCGGUUCCAAGAUCUCUCAAAGUGUUUGUUGACAUCCAGGAGAGCAUAAUUUUCUUCACAGAGUCAUCCUCUAGCCAAAGUUCACAGGCACAGAGCCACACCUCCACUGCUUCUUCUCAGACCAAGAGCACCACAUAAAACACAAGUUCCAAGUCUUAAAAAAGAGAACCAAGAAGGCAUUUCGAGAAAUCGGGUUAGAGUAACUGUGUAAUGCUGCUGUUAUAUAUGCAAUAGUCUUGGAUGAUUGUACUAGAUAAAAUUAUCCUCUUUAAAUGGUUUGUAUAUUAUUUGUAAGCUAAUUUCAGAAUAUUUCUGAGGAUGGCAGAAAUGCUGUGGCUUCUACUGUCGUGAAAGCCUGCUUCUUAAUACAUUUUAUGUUUCAUGCUUCAUGACAUCAA